UUAAUUAAAAAAAUAAAUAAAUUUAUAUUGCAAAGAAAAAAACAAGUUUUAAAUCAAAAAACAUUUUUAAAUAAAAAAAUGAGCAAGUACAGAAAAAGAGAGAAACAGUCCUCCGACGAAAGUGACUCGGAAGAAGAAACCCGGAGGGACAUCAAAGAACGUGACGAAUUCGCAGAACGUCUUCUUCGGAAAGAUGAAGCAAAGACGCGUAAAAUUGCGAUGCCUGCGGGCUCGACAGCAGAAGCUGCUAAACGGCUGAAGCUAAUGGAGACUGAGUCCCGCGACAAGCUUCUGCCAGAGCUCAGGAAAGCUUCGCGUCGGCAAUAUCUAGAAAAACGUAAAGCAGACAAAGUUGCCGAGUUGGAGGCCGACAUAAUCGACGACGAGUAUCUCUUCGACGAGGAAACGUUGACGGAGUCGGAGAAAAGGGCACUGGAGCACAAAAAGCAGUUACUGGUGCUGGCGAACGAGCAUGAAAAAGCGCGGAAUCUUGAGCGUGUCCAGAGGUACCAUAUGCCUGAGGCCAAAGGAAAGGGCGAGAAAGAUGACACGGUAGUCGAUCUCACCGAGAAUGAAGCUCCUAUUUCUGAGCAGAGUAGGUGGGAAUCCCAGCAGAUGGGUUCUGCUGUUUACAAAUUCGGAGCUAAGGACAAAAAGCGCACUGAGGACCAUGAGCUGCUGCUGGAUGAUGAAAUAGAGUUCAUCCAAGCGCUUCAGAUGCCUGGAUCUGACAGGAUCAAGAAAGAAGACGAGGAAGAAGCUAGCAAGACAGUCGAGAACAAUAAAUUACAGUCGAUUCAAGAAACUCAGCGGAGUUUGCCUAUUUAUCCUUUUAAGAGAGAACUCAUCGAGGCCAUAAAGGAGCACCAAGUGCUCAUUAUCGAGGGAGAAACAGGGUCUGGUAAAACUACGCAGAUCCCACAGUAUUUACAUGAAGCUGGGUUCACCAAAGGCGAUAAAAAGAUUGGAUGUACACAGCCCAGAAGAGUCGCUGCGAUGUCCGUUGCUGCAAGAGUCGCUCAUGAGAUGGCUGUCAAACUUGGCAACGAAGUCGGGUACGCCAUCAGGUUCGAGGAUUGUACAUCACAACGUACAAAAAUAAAAUACAUGACUGAUGGUACGAUGCACCGUGAGUUCCUCAGCGAUCCGACUCUUGACACUUACAGUGUCAUAAUAAUCGACGAGGCUCACGAGCGUACGCUACACACUGACAUCCUUUUUGGACUUGUCAAAGACAUAGCGCGUGAACGGAAAGACCUGAAGCUUCUCAUAUCAUCGGCAACGUUAGACGCCAAGAAGUUCAGCGAAUUUUUCGACGACGCUCCGAUAUUCCGGAUUCCUGGUCGACGCUAUAAAGUCGAUAUUUACUACACAAAAGCACCAGAGGCUGACUACAUUGAUGCUUGUGUUGUUUCGAUUUUACAGAUCCAUGCGACUCAGCCGCGUGGAGAUAUUCUAGUCUUUCUUACAGGUCAAGAUGAUAUUGAGACUUGUCAGGAAAUUCUUCAAGAAAGAACGAUGCGGCUCAAAAUGAGCGAGUUGAUUAUUACACCAGUUUACGCCAAUCUUCCCAGUGAAAUGCAGAUUAAAAUUUUCCAGCCGACACCACCUAAUUCUCGGAAGGUUGUUCUAGCUACUAAUAUUGCAGAGACGUCGCUGACGAUAGACAAUAUUGUUUAUGUUAUUGAUGUUGGGUAUGCGAAGCAGAAUCACUUCAAUGCGCGGACGGGAAUGGAGAGCUUGAUUACAGUUCCUAUCAGCAAGGCGUCGGCUAAUCAGCGCGCAGGAAGAGCUGGUAGAGUUGCUCCAGGAAAAUGCUUCCGGCUAUACACUGCUUGGGCUUAUCAACAUGAACUAGAGGACAAUACUAUCCCGGAGAUUCAAAGAAUAAAUCUUGGAAACGCAGUGUUGACUUUGAAAGCUCUGGGAAUUAACGACGUAGUAAAUUUCGACUAUUUAGACCCACCUCCGUCCGAAAUAUUGGUGCUUGCUUUGGAACAGCUGUACGCUCUGGGAGCAAUAAACCACAAGGGAGAGAUGACGAAGCUUGGUCGUAGGAUGGCAGAGUUUCCACUGGACCCGAUGAUGGCGAAGAUGCUGCUUGCGAGCGAGAAGUACAAAUGCUCCGAGGAAAUCGCUACGAUUGCGGCAAUGUUAUCAGUUACGGGAGCAGUUUUCUUCCGGCCUAAAGAUAAGAUAAUUUACGCGGAUACGGCGAAGAAAAAUUUCCAUGUACCUGGAGGUGAUCAUCUGACGCUUCUAAAUGUCUAUAACCAGUGGCAGCAAUCAGAGUUCAGUACUCAUUGGUGUUACGAGAAUUUUAUUCAGUACAAGUCGAUGAAAAGAGCUAGGGAUGUCAGAGAACAACUCGUAGGACUGAUGCAGCGAGUGGAGAUGGAUAUAAUUUCUGGGAUCUCCGACACUGUUGCUAUUAGAAAAUCUAUCACUGCUGGGUAUUUUUACCACGUUGCUAGACUGUCCAAAAGCGGAAAUUACAAGACAGUCAAGCACAAUCAGACUGUGUCUAUCCAUCCGAACAGUUCAUUAUUUCAGGAACUACCCAGGUGGAUUGUGUACCAUGAAUUGGUAGUCACAGCGAAGGAAUACAUGAGACAAGUGACGGAAAUCGAAAGUUCCUGGCUGGCCGAGGUCGCUCCUCACUAUUACAAGCCAAAAGAACUGGAAGAUUCCACCAAUAAAAAAAUGCCAAAAGUCGUUGGAAGAUCGGCGCCUGAUGGCACCUAAUUAUUUAUUAAAAAUGUUAUUUUUUUAUUUUAAUAAAUAAAUUUUGUACAUAGUUAACAUGUAAGAAGCACUAAAAUAAAUUUAAAUUUAAAAUAAUUA